UACAGACGCCCAUUAUACUGCAGCGUCGCAGUCUGAUGCUCUGGCUCUCUUGUUGACUAGUAUAAUCGAUAAUGCGAGUCCGUACUCUUGAAAUACGAUGGCACGACAGCAAGCCAAUUUCCACCUGCGAUUUCCAACCCUUGCCGUUCAAGAAGGCGCGUCCCGCGCAAGACAAGAUGUUCGCCACACAUUCGUACAGACUUGCGACGGGAGGGGAGGAUAAUCAUGUCAGGCUGUGGAUGGUGUAUCCGAACAUCCUUCCGCCGUCGGUCAUCGAGAGCGCGUCGACCUCCGCCACAGAAACGCCCGCGCCCCGACCACCGCGAAUUGAGUACCUCGCGACGCUCAGCCGGCAUUCUGCUGCAGUUAACGUCGUACGCUGGUCUCCUAACGGCGAAUUGAUUGCUUCUGCGGGGGAUGAUGGCAUGAUUAUCAUCUGGGCACCUACGACUAGUCCACAUGGGAUAACAUAUGGCAGUGAUUUGACACCGGAGGAUCUACAGUAUGAGAAGGAGUUCUGGAAACCCAGGACGACUUUCCGGUGUACGACCAUGCAGGUAUACGAUUUGGCAUGGAGCCCGACGGGUGAAUACAUCAUUGCGGGCAGCACUGACAAUGCGGCGAGGAUAUUCGCCGCUGAAGACGGCAAGUGUCUCCACGAGAUCGCUGAGCACAACCACUACGUCCAGGGUGUUGCAUGGGAUCCGCUAAACGAGUAUAUCGCUACCCAGAGCAGUGACCGCUCGAUGCACAUUUAUAGCAUCUGUGCCGAUAACGGCGGGUUUGAGGUGCACGCGGUCGGUCGAAAUACCAGAAUGCCACACCAUCAUAGUAGGACUCCCAGUGCUCAUUCACACAGUCGCCCCCGACUGUCCCGCCGAGAGUCAACGACCAGCGAGGCCGAUUGUGCCAUCAGCGAAACGCCAGAGAGGGACCUCCCGCCAACCCCUGGUAGCGGCAUGCUCACGCCAUCUGCAUCCAUCGCGAGCACCCCCUCUGGAUUGAUGUUUCCCCCGCCGCCUAUUGAUCAUCCUUCGUCCAGGCGCUCAUCUUUCAGCUCUACAGCGCCCGCUUCUCCUGCUGCGCAUAGUCGUUAUGGCCGGUCACCAUCGCCGAUGCCAGCGUUACCCGCUAUAAGAAUGCAGCCGUCGGCCGGGGCUUGGGCUUCAGUCAAACUCUAUGGAGACGAGAGCUUCACGAACUUCUUCCGCCGUCUGACAUUUAGUCCGGAUGGAGGACUCCUGCUGACACCGGCAGGUCAAUUCGAGGAUCCUUCUGUCAUUCCCGGCCUUUCGCGUUCAUCCAAAGGUAGUGAUGAUCAACCGACGAGAGGCCGCAAGGGCCAUCCUUCUGCUAACGAAGGGUCAGACAAGAGUUCGGCGUCGUCCGUCUACAUCUAUUCGCGAGCUAAUUUUGCUCGCCCGCCCAUUGCUCAACUGCCCGGUCAUAAGAAAGCAAGUGUGGCGGUUCGCUUUUCCCCGAUUCUCUACGACCUCCGAGCCGGAGUAGUUGGGGCAGACUCCCCUGCAAGGCCAGCAACUGUUGUCGUGGAGAAAGGUAAAGAGGAACAAGUCUCCGUGGACAUUGCAGGCCCGAGCCAGACACCCGCUGCAGACCUGGCAUCGCCUUCUACUUCCCGGCCGUCCCUCCCAUCUCUUACAAUUCCCGAAGUGAUUGCUCCAGCGCCUCGGCCUGCCGCAGCGACUCCCGCUGUUCUUCCCUCCCCGGCCUUGUCCGCGUCAGAUUCUCAACGUCCGACGACCCCACCAGACGCCAAAUGGCGAGCUCCCGGUCACGCGCCAACGCUGUCCAACUCUACAGGUUCCGUCUUUGCUCUGCCAUAUCGGAUGCUGUUCGCCGUUGCCACUAAGGACACCGUCUCCAUUCACGAUACACAGCAAGCAGGACCAGUGUGUUUAUUGAGCAAGUUGCACUAUGAUGAAUUCACUGACAUGUCUUGGUCUCCUGACGGUCAAUGUUUAAUGCUCUCAUCUCGGGACGGGUACUGCACCAUUGUCGUCUUCGACGAGAUUAUGGCUGCCUAUCAUACUCAGCCAAGCAGCCUUCAUUCAGCACCCCACCACCAGGCGUCAUUUGCGACGCCUUCAGCCACACCCGUCUCCACUCCUGCCGUCCAUUCGUCGGCGUUGCCGGCGAAUUCGUCGCCUGCGAAACCUAAUGAACGAAAACGCAGCGAGGCUCCACUCACUCCAGCGACUAGCGUUGACGAUAGCGUUCCCUCCACCAACAACGCUGGCGUGGAGAAUCAGGCGGAACCUCCUAAGAAGAAGCGUCGCGUGGCUCUCACUCGCGUCGGGGAUAUUGGUUGAAGCUUUUCCUUCCUCUGGUAUAUGUUCCGCGAUGUAAUUUUUUUUUGGAUUUCCUUGUUAUGACACGACCAGCGUCUUGCACUCGCCAUGUCCUAUUUAGUAUCUCGUACUGCCAUGAUCGUGUAAUCUUUGUAACAUCUUGUGGCAGAGCAUCCACAGAAAGCUCUAGCGACACUCAAGUGCCUUGUGCUCCUCUAC